AUGGACAGCCUGCGGUCGAGCUCGUCCUCGUACGGGGAUCCCAGGUACCUCUCUACAGGGUAUCCGAACGGCGCCGUUUCUCUGGAUCCGUCCCGGGCCCUGGUGGAUGGCUACCGAAGUGCGUCAGAUAUGGCAACGGAUGAUAGGUCACGGUAUAGUGGGCAAUCCGCCGCGCUUCCCCGGAUGAACGCGCCCGCCAUUGACACCAACGAUCCGGUUUUGUUGCACCUCCUCACCGAGACCGCGAUCGGAGACAGCACCGGUUACGAAAUUCUCCCCUUCGAAGAAGUGGAAGACUUGAAACGUGAAUAUGCUGCCUUGUCGAACCGGGUGGAAGGUACGAAACGGAAACUCGCGUUGGAGACCAAGCUCAGAGAUGCCGCGCAAUCGCUGCGCCGACUUUCCAGCUUAAAGAGCAACGGAUAUACGAACGGCGAUACGAACGGUAUAGCGCAUCAUCCCGAAGACGCAGAAUACGCCAAUAGUUCUCGAAAAUGUGAAGAGCUUGCUCAGGAACUCUGGGCUUUGGAGAGGAGAGCGCAAGAUGUUCAUAAGCGCCUUUUGGAACACACAGCCGGAAUCCUUCAGUUGACACAUCGUGGGUUGAAGAAGAACGCUAAUCGUGGUAGCAUGAAUAACGCCCUCAAUGGUGCUGCAUUCGACUUUGACGAUCGAAGCCUCUACAGAGCAAUGGAAACGGAUGAUGCGGGCUUGCGAUCUCAAAGCGGAGUCGGCGGUCUGACGGCAGACGUCAACACUCUUCGAAACACUGAGCAGAAAUUAGAGGAGCUUAAUGGACGGCUACGCGAUCUAUUACUCGAAAACCACAGCACCCAUGAUAUUGGACCACUGCCGCUUAAAGUCACCGAAGAUACAACCCUGACCUUUGUCCAAGAUCACCUGUCAUAUCUCGAAAGAAGCUUAGAUACACUCCAGACCAAUGGAAUUCGAAGGGGUGAAGGCGAACCGGAGCUUUCUGCAUCUGAAAUGGGUUCUGAGCUUAGUGCCAUCAACAGUCGGUUACAAAAUUUACUGGGCCAAACUGGCUCUCACUUAUCGCCAACGCUGCCACCACCGCCUAGUCCGUCUGGCGAAUAUCUCAGCAGCCAUAUAGACUAUCUGAAAUCCGGAAUGUCGGAUCUACAAAACAGAGUUGCGGGUUUACAAGACCAAAAGAGUAUUCUGACUACGCAAAUCCAGCAACAACGGGAACUGAAUUCUAAGUCGGAUGCUGAAAAAGAUGCCCACGUCGCAGACUUGGCUCAACAGCUUGUGGAGACAAAGAAAGAGUAUGAACUUUCUGAGCGCGAAUUGGAAGCCGUGAGAGAUGAGCUAGCUUUGGUAAUGGAGCAACUUGAUACAGUAAGGCAACAGGAAAACAUUCAAGAUCAACAAAGAGAGCGCGAAAAGGCAGUAGCAUUCGAAAAUGAGAAGGGAGCUCGAUCCAAGGCAGAAGCAGAAGUGCAACGACUUCGGGAUAAGGUAAACUAUCUCGAGGGAGAAUAUGCACGCGAGCAGGCAGAGGCGUUGGAACGUGAAAUGGAGGCACGAUCAAGAGCAGAAACAGAAGUUGAACGUCUUCAGGGUGAACUCACCCAACUUGGAGGAGAGUCCGCACGCGCACAGACUGCGGAGACAGAAGCUCAGCGGCUUCAGGCAGAACUGACCGAACUUGAAAGCGAAUUUGCUCGCGCGCAGACUGAGUUGACUGUGGUUAAAGCCGAGCUUGAUGGUGCAUAUGGCACUCGCGCAGAGCGAGCUGCCGAAGCUGCGGCCAAUCCAGCUCUGUAUAAGGAAAUUGAAGAUCUCAACACCAAGAACAUCAGCCUUGCAGAGGAGCUAGCAGCCUUGCGAGCCGAAAAAGUGAAUAACGGAGCCGGUCAAGGCGAGCUUCAGAAGCGAGUCGAAACGCUGCAGAAGGAACUCGAAGAAACGAUCGAAGAUUACGAAGCGAUGACCAAAGCAAGCAUUGAAUUUGAGAAGGAGCGCGAACAAUAUGAAGGCAUGAUUGAUAAUUUGCGCGAUCGUAUCGAACAACUAGAAGCACAGCUCAGUGAUGAGCGUAUCACUUGGAUGGGCGUCAGUCAAACGGCCAUGAGAGAUGGUGCUAUGGAAACAACUUCAACCAUGGUAUUAAAGAAUGAGUUCAAGAAGAUGAUGCGGGAUACGAGAACAGAAAAUAUGAAACUGCUCAGGGCCGAACAAGAAGAACGAAAGAAACUCGAAGCGCUGGUUCGCAGUCUCAAAAUGGAACAAUCAAUCGGCAAACCAACCAUGGUCACCUAG